UAUUGACUACAGUAUUAUAUUCCAGUUCAGCAUUACACAAAAUACUCGGCAGGAAGCCAAUUGAAUCAGGGAGAUGACAGCGUUCUAAUUAUUUAAUAACAUUUAAGGAAAUCGAAACAUUCCACAAGGAUUUCAAAAUAUGAAGUCGCGCACUUUGCUGCUGAUGGUUGGCAUCUGUGCCCUGUCUGUUGGUGUAGGGGUCGGAGCACUCAUCGGCUACUUCAGUCGCAGCAGGGACUCGAACCCCGAGACAGGAACUGCCGACGGAGAUAUCGAUGAUAGGAUCAUGAACGAGAUUAGCAGAGAAAGAAUACGGGAGAACCUGAGAUAUUAUGCCAGGAAACCGCAUCUCGCUGGAACGGCUGCUGAUAGAGAAGGAGCAGAAGAUAUCCAAAAGGCAUGGUUAGACCAAGGCUUGGAUUCGGUUAGACUGGUCCCAUAUGAGGUCUAUCUGCAGCAUCCUCCAUCCCCUGAUGAUGAGGAGAAGGCCAACAAGGUACAGAUCAUAAACCCCAGCUCUGGAGAGGUCAUCUAUACCUCAGCUCUCAGAGAAGAUCCCUACGAUGAGGAUGAGUUACAUCAGCCUGGUAUCCCUCCCCCAUACAGUGCUUACUCGGCGACAGGUGAUGUAGUGGGUGACCUAGUAUACGUAAAUUACGGGUCGGAAGAGGACUAUGAAUUGAUAUUGAAUGAGAUUGACCCAACCAUGAAUUUUACAGGGAAGAUAGCAAUUUGCCGUCAGGGAGGGACGUUUCGUUACGCCAAGGCUGCCAUAGCCCAACGUUACGGCAUCAUCGGCGUUAUCUUGUACAGUGAUCCCAACGACUACUCGGUGCCCCCAGAGCAGGGCUUACCUUACCCCCAGGGGAAGUUCCUCCCUGGAUCCGCCACACAAAGAGGAUCGUUUCUCCGUGUAGUCGGUGAUCCACUGACACACGGCUAUCCCGCUAAAGACUUUGCCUUCCGGGUUUCGCCUAAUGAGACCGACAUGCCUCGGAUACCGGUGCAUCCGAUCGGUUUCCAUGAUGCCGAAAAACUAUUACAGGCAAUGGGUGGUGAAUCACCACCCCAUUACUGGAUCGGAGGUCUGAAUGCAAGCUAUAGUCUAGGACCGGGUUUUAAAGGUCCAAAUCUGGGAAACCAGGUGAGGUUAGUUGUCAACUCUGUAUCUGGGAUAUAUACGACAUACAACACCGUGGGGUUCAUACGAGGCGAGAUAGAACCAGAUCGUUACGUCAUCCUCGGUAAUCAUCGGGAUGCAUGGGGACUCGGGUCCAUCGACCCUACCAGCGGGACAGCCACUCUCCUCGAGAUAUCCAGGGUCUUCGGUUUGCUGAAAAAAGAAGGUUGGAGACCGAGACGAACGUUGAUGUUCUGCUCCUUUGGCGCUGAAGAAUUCGGGAUAAUCGGCUCAGUAGAAUGGACGGAGGAGUUUCGCGACAUUCUCUCCGAGCGGACAGUAGCAUAUAUCAACCUGGACAUAGCUGUCGCAGAUACGUAUGUUUUGUAUGCCUCAUCCUCGCCAAACCUGCGUCAGGUCAUCUAUGAAGCCACUAAAAAGGUACCGGACCCAGAUCCAUCUAAUACCCGGAAAACCGUUUUUGACACGAUGGUAGAGCGGAAUCCGAGUUACGACCCCGAUUUACCAUAUGUAAAUCUCUUACUGGACGGCAGUGACGACUAUGCUUUUGAGAAGAGGCUCGGUAUAUCGUGUAUCAGUGGCUACUACAUAUACGAUAGAAACACGCUACCCAUAUUUAUCUACUCUCUCUACCAUACACAAUAUGAGACCGUUCGACUUAUGGAGACUUUCAUCGAUCCUGAAUACAAAUACCACCAGGCGAUUGGGAGAGUAUUCGCUGAAAUGGCUCGCAUCCUCUCUGAAAGCUUGGUGUUGCCCUUUGAUAGUUUAAGCUUAGUCCAGGAAGUCAAUGACAUGUGGCACUAUGGUUUGGUGAAUACCACUCUAUCGAAGGCUAUUGAAGACCACGGCAUCACAUUAGCAUGUCUUCAAAAUGCAGUGUAUAGACUUUGGGAAAACGCUCAAGAAUUUCAAAGAAGAGUUAACACUGUUAACACAAAAAGUGCCUUGGAUGUAAGGCGAAUCAACGACCAGAUGAUGCUGCUUAGUAGGGCAUUUCUAGGAGAUCUUCCAGGAAACAAUCUAGAUAGGCAUCUGAUUUUUUCACCGCGGGUGACCGUGCCGCGAAGCACCGAGGAUGUGCCCUACACCUUCCCUGGAAUCCUCGAUGCCAUGCACGAUAUCGCUGAUGACCCCGAUCAGGAACACCGCUGGAGGGUCGUAGAGCAGCAGGUCGCCAUAUUAACACAUGCCGUCGAGGCCGCCACCUCCGUACUGAAGGAUGUUACGUCAUGGUGACGUCACAUGAUUGCAAUAGCAAUAAAUUUUCGACAGGACACUAAUUAGACACUCUAAAGGAAAGAGGCUUUUGUGGCAUGCAUUUAAUGCCUCAAAAGUCAAUGAAAAUUGUCGAUCUUUUUUAAUCUCUCCUUUAUAUAUCUUCUACCAGUGAAUUACUUUGACCGAUAUGGGAGAACGAGAUCGUAAAGCCACCUUGCAAUCAAACCCUGCAAUCCAAACAAUUUAACAAGAUUUUCAAAGAAAUUAUAGGAUGUCCGAUAGAUAGCAUAUUUUUAGAAUCACGAAUUGACCCGAAAUCAAAUCUUGAAAAUCUAUAUUUUGUAAAGAUCGAUUUUUUAAAAUAGAUCCUUUGGAGAAUGGACGAUUUGCUAUUGAGUGCGACAAUAAGCAUUGUAAUGUUCUAUCAUCGCAGUGAAUUUUCUAAAAUGUUUGUGAAAAGUACCAUGAGGCCUACUCUAUAUAUUUACAUUAAUGUAUUUACUGUGGUGAAGAUGUGACAGGGGCGGAUCCAGCCGGCGGCAAGGGAGGGGGCCAAAGAGGGGGCCAAAAAAAUGAGUAGUGAGCACUAU